GCCACGCCCCUCUGCUGGUGGCCCCGCCCCUGGUGACGCUGGGCCACGCCCCCCACGCCCAAGCCACGCCCACCGUGGCCGCCGUGGCCGGCCACGCCCCUCUGGUGACGUCACAGGGGGCGGGGCUCAACCUGGGGCUGGGAUUGGCUCUGGCGGCGCCGCCCAGGGCCGCGCCCACCCUGCUGGCCCCGCCCACCGCCGCUCUUCCCGCCGCCUCCUUGGCCACGCCCCCUCCCUCGCCCAGCCCCGCCCCUCCGGGCCCCGCCCUGGGCAAGGGGGCGGGGCCCGUGCAGGGGGCGGGGCCGGGGGCGGGGCCUCCCUUGGCCGCCUUCGCCCUCGGGGGCCCCCAAAGGCUCCUCCUGGCGCCGGAGAUGCAGGCCCGGCUCCCAUCCGGAGAACUCGUCAGCCUCUCCCAAUUGGCCGCCUUGGCCCAGCGAGCCCCGCCCCCUCCAGCAGUGGGCGGGGCUAAACCCUCUUCCUCGGCUCCGCCCCCUCCUGUGGCUCCGCCCCCCGCCGCCGCCGUGGCCCCGCCCCCCGCGAUGACGUUGCAGCUCCAGGGCAGCAAAUUGACGUUGGCCCCGGCCCCGCCCCUCCGGCACCUGGCGCUGGCCACGCCCCCUCGGGCCGUACCACGUAACGUGGUUCACCUGGUGGCGGCGGGGGCGGGGCAGCACCUGCUGGGCCCCGCCCACACCCACGUGACCCUCCUGGCGCCCCUGGGACCCCCCGUGGGAACCCCC